UGGGUGUAUCUUAAGGGAGAGAAGACUUGUCAAGCCUGGAGAGAGCUGGGGAAAUCGAAACCUAUCUCAGUGGCUGUCUACCGUCACUGGGUGUAUCUUCAACUAGAGUGGAUUUGUCAGGCCUGGAGGAAACGGAAACCUGUCUCAUCCUCUAGUUUACAUUACUGGGUUUGGUUGGGAAACUUGACUGUUCCUCAUGGUGUUGUCUGGCACAGGGACACUGGUGGCUUCCAUUGCCUCCAAAAUAGCAUCUUCAGCAGCCAUGGUCAAAGCUGGAGGGGCAGUCUCUGGAAGCAUUCUAGCUGGAUCACAGGGGCUCAGCGUGUUAGCCCAGACUGCCCUGGGCUCUGGAGCAUCUGCACUGGGAUCUGCAUUGGGAGCACUGAAGGUUGGCACCGUUUUAUCGGGGUUCCCCGCCUCUGCCUUGGCUGUUUCCCCCAUUGGAGCCAAGGCUGCUGCUGCUGUGCUUGGGGGAGCCAUGACAGUAGCUGCUGUACCACCUGUGCUGAGUGCUGUGGGCUUCACUGCGACAGGAAUUACAGCCUCCUCUGUAGCAGCUAAGAUGAUGUCCUUGUCAGCAAUUGCUAAUGGGGGCGGAGUCCCAGCUGGUGGCCUGGUGGCCAUUCUGCAGUCUGUUGGAGCUGCUGGACUCUCCACACCAGCUACAGUCCUCGUGGGCUCUGCAGGGUCUGCUGUUGUGGCCAGUGUGAUGGGCAUCUGGGAGAGUAUUUACCCUUCUCUCAUGGUAACAGAGGUGGCAGACAUAGUGACAGAGGUAGCAGAUAUGGCAACAGAGGUGGGAGACAUGGGUACAGAGGUAGCAGACAUAGUGACAGAGGUGACAGAUAUGGCAACAGAGGUGGGAGACAUGGGUACAAAGGUGGAAGACAUGGCAACAGAGGAGGCACCACCCAACUUGUCUAACACAGAGAAAGAUUAAGUACCCCUAGGGGACAAUCUGCUAACACAGACAGCCUAAGUGGAAAUAUGAAAUAAAACCAAGUCCUUGCCAGUC